AGUCGUUGUCGGUGAGGAGAUUCCUGAGCAUUAUUUGCUGCAUAAACUCUGCAGUAAACUCCUGGUGUCUCCUACUUCACUGAAAAUUUUGGAAAGCUCAAGCUCGUAGUGGAGACGACUGCUGACGCACCUUUGAGUUUUCUACGGUGGAGAAUGCAACACUUUAAUUUACCCAUUUAAUGGACAAGCUGAAUGGACAUCAUCUCUACCAGCCUCACCAGUGCAACGCGGACCUUGUUCUGGAGUCCCUCUGUAUAUUUCUCACCAACAAGGGUGUGCUGGCUUCUCAUAUCAUCUUUCACCAGACCCUCCUCUCCCAAAACAGACAGUUAUGCCACAUAAACCUGGCUUUUGAUGUGUUUAUUAGCCAAGGCUUAAAGAAGAUUACCAACAUCUGUACUUCCAGGCUUCUGGUGAGUUGUGUCCUGCAAGCAAUCAUCAUCCUCCAAAUGAGUGAUCUGGAUAGUUCCUGUCACAAGCUACUCGGCAGCCAGUCGCUCGACUCAGAAAUGACUGAAUCGGAGGAACAAGGCAAUGUUUCGUUCAAUGACACAUACAGAGAGAUCAAACUGAAAGAGCUUGAAAAAAUGUACACAAUGCAAGGAAAUGGCACUUUGUCACUGGUUGUAGACGACAGUGAGGUCAGUAAGACAGCACACUUUUCAGUAUCCCCGAAGCAUUCAUCUAGUGUCCAGGCACACCAUCCCAACCCUCACUUCAGUGAAGCAGGACUUCAGGACUGUUCUGUGUCCUUUAACAGAGAACAAAUAAUUGUGGAGGUCAAUCUCAACAACCAGACUUUAAAUGUAUCUAAGGGAUCCGAUGGCAAAGGCAUCACAUCAAGCACCACAGCGCUCCAUCACGGCAACGUUCCUGGUAUGGAGGAGGGUAAAGAACAAGAUGAUAAUGAAGAUGCUGCUGAGGAAGAAGAAGAAGAGUAUGACCAUGAAAAUGAAGAAAUGGAAAACCAUAGCGAUGAAGAAGAUGAGGAAGAAAACAACCUCAACAUUCCAGAGGUGGGACACGCCAGCAUGGAAAAACCUCGACAUGCUUCAAGAUUACCAACAGGUAUGAAAGCAACCAUCGCCAUGAGAAAGACGCUAAUCAGCAGUGUGCUAGCAGACCGAGAGGAGGGGAAGAGGAGGAGAGAGCAGGAGAGUUUGGGUCAAAAGGUGAAACUCGAAGAAAAGCAGCAUUUUUCCUGUAAGAAAUGCCCUCGUGUUUUUAACAACCGCUGGUACUUGGAGAAGCACGUGAACGUGACUCACAACCGCAUGCAGAUCUGCAAUAAAUGCGGCAAGCGGUUUUUACUGGAGAGCGAGCUGCUGCUGCACCAUCAGACAAACUGUGAGAAAAGCAUACAGUGCGUGACCUGUGGAAAAGCUUUCAAAAAGCUGUGGUCCUUACACGAACACAACAAGAUUGUCCACGGAUAUGCAGAAAAGAAGUUCUCAUGUGAAAUCUGUGAAAAGAAGUUUUAUACGAUGGCCCAUGUCCGGAAACACAUGGUUGCUCACACAAAGGACAUGCCAUUCACCUGUGAGACAUGUGGGAAGUCUUUUAAACGCAGCAUGUCUCUUAAAGUGCACUCGCUUCAGCAUUCUGGAGAAAAACCCUUCAAGUGUGAGAACUGCAGUGAAAGGUUCCAGUACAAAUACCAGCUGAGAUCACACAUGAGCAUCCACAUCGGACACAAGCAGUUCAUGUGCCAAUGGUGUGGGAAAGACUUUAACAUGAAGCAGUACUUUGAUGAACACAUGAAGACUCACACUGGAGAGAAACCGUAUAUUUGUGAGGUCUGUGGUAAGAGCUUCACAAGCCGGCCCAACAUGAAACGACACCGUCGCACUCACACGGGCGAGAAGCCGUACCCCUGUGACGUCUGCGGCCAGCGUUUCCGCUUCUCCAACAUGCUCAAAGCCCACAAGGAGAAAUGCUUCCAGGUCAGCAACCCCAUGGUACCCGACCCCAUCUCUUUGGGUCUGGACCCCACAUCAACCGACUUAGACACACCAGCCAAUCAGAUACCCAGCCAGCGCUUGACCCCUCCCAGUGAGGCGUCUAGUCUCUACCAGGUCAAGUCUCUCUCGCUUCCCUUCGGACACAUCCCAUCGUAAGUGUCUCUCCUCAACCGCCCCUGUUUUGACUGAAAGGGUUAACUCCAGUAACAACUAAUCGUCGAUUAUUGUUUUAUUGGAUGAAACCCAAGCUUACAGUAGCUGACUCCACGUGAGAUUUGUGAUUUACAUCAAAUGUAAAUCGCUGCGCAAGGGGUUUCCAAACAGACCGAGCGAAGUCCAAGACUGUCGACGGGUGUUUGAACACUGAAUAUUCCUUGGAAACUGUGCAAAUGUUCACUUAUCUUAUUCUCAUAGAGAUAUUUUAUAUACUGCUCAAAUAAGCUUCUCGUAUUACAUAAAGAAAACAAUGUGCUCAUCAUUUUUGUUGAUGCGUGUUGUAUUUUGUGUGAGCCACAGGUUUAGCGUUUACCUUUUUACAUCCUUUGGCUAUAGAUUUUUAUGCUUUGUCGAGAUUAGGACACUCACUGGCAAUAAGAGAUAAAUACAGUAUAUCUGUCUGGUGUGAACAUUGCAAACUCAGAAUAGCUUUUAAGACAAAUGUAGCAGAUGUCUCCCCCACCAUAACCAAAUCCAGAUAAGUUGCAGUAAUAUAAUCCUGUUAGCCAAUAUUACUAAAUACGCUACUUAACUAAACAUGAUACGUGUAUAAUCACUCCAGCACCUUAUUUUUGCAGCAAGCCUAGAUGUAUUUAUAUUUUCUCGUCAUUCUGUAUAUUCGGAGAGGUACAGUCUGUGCAGGGCACAGGUUAAAGAAUUGGUUUAAUGUAGCACAGGCCCUUAAGGAUAUAUAGGAUGCUUAAAGGAACCUUUAUUCAUUUAAAAAAUAUAAAGAAAGAUGUUUCACAAUUCUUUUUUUUUUUGUUCAAAAGUUACCAAGCACUUUACUCUGUGUUGGCCAUAUACUGUAUGUAAUGGCAAAAAUCCUUAAAAAAAAAGCCUAAACCACUUUCUUUUAUUGAAAAGGUGUUUUGUUGCAAUGUUAAAUUUGGAUAAACGAUGGGGUGUGUUUGGUUUAAAAAUAUGUUUAAAUAUUUGAAAUGCUUUAUGGUACACCAAGUUUUUAGUGAUAUUUUUGUUGUCAUGUGAAAACACUUUCACGUUUACUUCACGUUUAGUUGGAAAAACUAAAAGGUGAUGAGUAGCUAUCGUACACUCAGAAAAAGGUACAAAAGCCAUCGCUGGGGUGAAAAUACAUAUCUGGCACUUAUUAGGACCUUUUUAAAGGAUACUGUCCUCCUAGGGAAAGCUUUUGUACCUUUUUUGUCAGUGCACAUUUAUACCCAGUGUACCAUAUGUUUUUUACAUCAGUUUUAAUAUUAGAAAUAUGCCAAAAAGGCUUUUUGUUUAUGAUAAAUGAUGGCCUUUUGUGCAAUGUGGGUAUCUUGUUUGCCACACUCCCCAAUAAAAAGGUACAAAAGUUGUCACUGGGAUGGUACCUUUUUAAAGGUCCUAUAAAGUACCAUUUUGGUACAGAUAUGUACCUUUUAUAUGUGUACUUUUUGAAAAGGUACCACCCCAGUUUUGGACCUUCUUGUACCUUUUUCUGAGAGUGUGUCCUUUUGAGAAGCCACAUAGACUCUGAACAGACUGAAGAUUCAUAAAGAGUUGAUAGAUAAUAUAUAGCCUACAAUUUCUUAAGCCACUUACAAAAAGGAUUUAUAUACACAAAGCAGACAUAGUUAAAGUAAUUACACUUAACUCUAGGAGCAGUAAACUGUAGUAGCUAUAAUAGGAAUUACCUAAUAUUUAUACACAAAAAAUAUACAUAUUUAUAGCUAUUGAAACAUAAUAGUCUGUAAAUAAAUUAAUGUAGCUGUUGUCAGUUUCUGUUCAAUUUUUUUUCCUUGUUUAUAUUCUACAGAGUCAAAUGAAUAUGAUGAGAUGCAAAGGUCAGCAUUAAUAAAAACAUUUAAUAAACUUUUAAACUAAACUUUCUGCUCUACAUCUUGAACCUUGUUAUAGGCUACAUACAGUACUUUAGUUAAGAGUCAUGUUAUUAAGUUAAAAAAACCUUUUCCAGAACAAGUGGUUUGAAAUGGUUCCUAAUAUUUCUUUAGGGCGUAAACUGUUGGAUUUUUUGAAAUUCGGUGAGUGGUUGGUAAAGUUUAUAUUAGAUUUGUUAGGAUCGGACUGACAUUGUAAGUCAGUUUUGCCUUAAGCGUUUAAAAGAGAUUUGCCAUGGUCUCGAAUGUGACAAUUAAAAAUACCUUUGCACUUUGGCAGACAUAAAUAAAAUAUAAAAUAAAAAGUUGUUUUAAUGCAGAAAUUGUUAAUAUAUUGCAAUAAUGUUGUGCCAGAUGAAGAUUGUGUAAGCCUUUUAGUCUUACAUGGAAAUAACUUUGCCACGGAUUGACCCCUGAUGUUAGUGUUUUGUGUCAUGCUGCACCUUAUGCCCACCUUAUUUUAAUAGAGUUUACAGACCUGUUUGUAUCAGUCUUUAAUGCUGUUCUUAAUAUACUUAAGUGUUGCAUCUGUUUUUGUUCAAAUUUAAAUACUAAAGUAAUGAUUUUGGCUUUGGAAUAUGUUAAGAUUUGUUGAAAUAUUGAAAACUUCUUUCCUAAACUACUUUCCUAAAAGGUUUUUUAUUAUGCAAAACAUGCACAUGCAAUAUUUGCUUUAUGGUCUUAACAAAAGGUGAAUUACCACAAAAUUCUUUAUUUGUGCACUUUAUGUGGAUAUUUAUGUUGUGAUAAAGGUUUUGUUAAAAAUACUGCAGAAUGAUUCAGCAGUUUUGUUAAGUCCAAAUGUGUUUCCUUUUCUUUGUUUUUUUUUUAAAUGUGAAGUCAUAUGACAUCUUAACUGAAGGCUUAAUAGACCUUUGUUUCUGAAGUUGUUGUAGUACACCAUUAAAAUUUAUUUUAAAAUUUUUGCACAUCCAGAAAAUUGUUUUUAUAUAGUUAUAAAGCGGAAUAAAUUAUCAAAGCAUUUAAAAGUUCAACUUUUUUACAUUUUAAGAGUUUAUUAUUCCUGGUUUGCUGCUUAUUGAAAAAUACUUGUGUUCUUAUUGCUUUUGUAAAAAAUCAGUACAUUUGUGUUUUUUUAGUUGUUUUUUAAAAUUAUAUAAGACAAUCUUAUAGGGGAAUUUGUCAUCAAGUUUGUUACGCCGUGUGAUAUUUUAUAG